AUCUCUUAUCAAUUAAGUUGCCGCCUUCAUUUCUUCUUGCAAGUUGAAAUAAAUUAUCGAACCUUCUGUCAUGCCGUCCGCUGUGGCAAUCAAUAAUUACGGGUCCCGUUGUAUCAACGUCAUAGGUUUAGUCUCUCUUAGGAGUAGUGGCUGGUGUGCUCCAAGACUGCCACCAUGACGUCCAGGUUCUUCAUGUCAGACUCUGGCUCCAGCGAGUCAGAAAGUGAAGAAGAAAUUCGUGAGCCAACUAAUUUCUUGGCACGCUUCAGUGAUGACGAGGAAGACACGAAACGUGUCGUCCGCUCUGCCAAGGAAAAGCGGUAUGAAGAGCUUCAAAACAUUAUUAAAAACAUCAAGAACUACAAGAAGAACAAAGACUUGGCCAGUCUACACUCCAGCUUUGAGGACCUGUGCCGAGCUUACAUCAAAGCUGCGGUUGUCAUCGAGAAGGAAGAUGGGGGAAAAAUUCCACGCUUCUAUAUCAGAUGUCUAGUUGAACUGGAAGAUUAUCUCAACAUGAUUUGGGACGAUAAAGAAGGUCGUAAGAAAAUGAACAAAAACAAUGCUAAAGGUCUGGCAACAAUGCGCCAGAAAUUGCGCAAAUACGUCAAAGAUUUCGAGAAUGAAUUGACGGCAUUCAGGGAGAACCCUGACGUGGGCGACAGCGAUGAAGAGGAAGAAGAUUUGGCCGAGCAAGAUGGCGGCUCAGAUGCUGAAGAUGACAUGUUGACUCCUGCUGCUUUCAAGAAAGAAACCUCAGUUGCUAGCGGCGACAGCAGGAUCGCUGUGGACAGGAUGGCUGCAGGUGACGAUGCGGACGAUGAAGAUGAGUACAGUGACUGGGGCAGUGACAGCGAUGAGUCUUCUUCAGACUCUGAUCCGGGUGGCUUGGUUCCACUCAGAGAAAAAUUCUUGAAGAAAACUGUAACACGUGAGGAGGAUGAGACCAAGAAGAAACAUCGUAGUGAGCGCAAAAAAGAACCCAAAGCUCCUAAAGAAGCUGAUGGCGGUUGGGAGACAGUGAAAAAGGGUUCAGUUAUUCCCACGGAAAAACCUAAAAUGUUUGGCAAGGAUGACGAAAUCAGCAUCAAGAGUGUGACCAACAAGCUCAACGAAAUCAUUGCGGCUCGCGGCAAGAAAGGCACCGAUCGUAAGGAGCAAAUCGAGCUCGUGCACGAACUGAUGGGCAUCGCACGUGAAAACAACCUUGGCAAUGCCAUGUAUAUAAAGAUUCAGUACCACCUCAUCAUGUCUAUUUAUGACUACGCGCCGUCUGGUUCCGAUGCCAUGAAACCAGAGCUCUGGGAGAAGGUGUUGAAGAAAAUUGAGGAGCUCCUGGAGAUGUUACUUGAUAUGCCCGAUUUGAGCAUCGGUUCCAACAUCACCGAAGAGGACGAGAACCUAGAAACAUCGCCAUACAGAGUGCAUGGAGAUGUCGUCACGAUCAUAGACAGGAUGGACGUGGAGUUCUGCAAGCUGGUCAAAGCUUGCGAUGCUCACAGCAACGAGUUUAUUGUUAAACUCAGAGACGAAGUGAAGGUUUGCAAGAUCAUUGAUACCAUGCUGGACUAUCAGGAGAAACAUGGCCUUGUUCCUGACGUAUGUCGCAUUUACCUCAGGAAAAUAGAGCACGUCUACUACAAGUAUGACAAGAAAGCUGCCGACCAAGCUAGGGGUAAAAUACCAGAGAGCGAAGAAACUUCCUUGAAGCUUAUGGAGAAGCUUUGCUCGUAUAUUUACGUGCGCGACAACACUGACCGCCUGCGGACGCGUGCGGUGCUCUGCCACAUCUACCACAUGGCGUUGCACGAUCGAUGGUAUCAAGCUCGCGACCUUAUGCUCAUGGCACAUCUUCAGGAUACUAUUCAGCACUCGGACUUGCCCACCCAGAUCUUGUACAACCGCACUCUCGUGCAACUUGGCUUGUGUGGCUUCAGACACUCUCAUAUCAAGGAGGCACACAACGCGUUGCUUGACAUACAAUCCGGUGGUCGCGCUAAAGAACUUCUUGCUCAAGGCUUGUUGCCACUUCGACAGAACGAGCGUACCUCUGAACAAGAGAAACAAGAAAAAGAACGGCAGAUUCCAUUCCAUAUGCACAUCAAUUUAGAGAUGUUGGAAUGCGUUUAUUUGGUUUCUGCCAUGCUAAUAGAGAUUCCUUACAUGGCUGCUCAUGAGUUUGACGCGCGCCGUCGUAUGAUUUCGAAAAGCUUCCAUCACCAACUGAAGAACUCUGAACGUCAGUCGCUCGUGGGUCCUCCUGAGAGCAUGAGAGAGCACGUUGUGGCAGCCUCCAAAGCCAUGCGGAAUGGUAACUGGCGCACUGCCAGAGAUCUACUUCUCAACGAAAAGAUGAACGGCAAGGUGUGGGAUUUGUUCCACAAUGCCGACGAAGUUCGUGAGAUGCUCGGUCGCAAGGUGCAAGAAGAAAGUUUGCGUACCUAUCUCUUCACUUAUUCGCACGUGUACGACUCCAUCUCGCUGGUCACGCUUUCUGAAAUGUUCGAGCUUCCUCACGCCACUGUUCAUGCUAUAAUCAGCAAAAUGAUCAUUAAUGAAGAGAUAAUGGGAUCGCUGGACGAGCCUACUUUUUGUCUAGUGAUGCACAAGACGGAACCUUCUCAGCUGCAGUCUCUAUCCCUUCAACUGGCUGACAAGUUGCACAAUCUUGUCGAGAACAACGAUCGGAUUCUCGAUCAAAAACCCUUUUUCCAGCGCAACAUGCAGGGCGGCGGCUAUCGCGAUCGCCAGAAGCCAUGGGGAGGCAACACGGGCCGCGACCGCAGAGACGGACAAGACCGCCAGGACCGUGGCGGACGCGGCGAUUACAUGGACCGCCGUAGCAAUCACAUUGGAGAGCGUUCAGACCGCGGUAGGGACUACAUGGACCGACGCCGUCAAGACUGAGGCUCCUACAACAUUUACGGUGGACGUACAUGAACUGUAUCUGCUUCAUUGGUUACUGGAGCGGUCUGUGUACGACAUCAGAGUGCAAAUAAUGGCUCCUUGUCCUUCCCACAAGAUGAAAAAUUACGGGGGCCUGUCUGUUUUCUUUGAAUUUUUGGGGUGCUCAGUACGUGGUCACAUCAACCAAACUUUGCGGAAGCUAAUGGUGCACGCUCAACUUGUCGCUUGAUUCCAACUCGCAUUUGCUUUCAUAAAGAAUGUUGACUCCUUACUGACGGCUUUCGUCAAUGCUGGAUAAUUUGAAGAAUUCAGACAGGCCCCAGACUCUGCAUGUUGCGAAAUUCUCCAAUUUUGUGCUGGUAUUCGAUAAAUCUAUUAAAGCAAAA